AUGUCUGCUGAAGAAGCUCAGGCUCAGGCUCCAGUUGAGGAGAAGAAGGAAGAGACAAAGACAGAGGAACUCCCACCAAAGCAGCCACGUAAGAUCAACCGUGCUGAGAAGAAGAUGCGUGAUGCCCUCCUCAAGCACAACCUUAAGGAACUCGAGAACGUCACAACAGUCACAAUGCGCGCUGGCAACCAGAUGGUCUUCUCCUUCUCCCAGCCAGACGUUUUCUACCUCGACAACGUCUACAUCGUCUUCGGUGAGAACAACAGAUCCGAUGCUGCUUCCGCUGCUUCCCAGUCCAUCUCUGAUGCUGCUGGCAAGGCUGCUGAACAAGCUCCAGUUGUUGUUGAGAACGAAGAUGAAGAGGCUCCAGAUGCUACAGGCCUCGAUGAGAACGAUAUCAACAUGGUCAUGCAACAGGCUAACGUUUCCCGUGCCAAGGCUAUCAAGGCUCUCAAGGAUAACAACAACGAUAUGGUUACAGCCGUCAUGAACCUCACAGUUUAA